UGAAUUGCGUCAGACAACAUAUUUUGUAGCUUACGUCGACAUACAAACAAGUUACACGAGCUUCAAAAUACAGCUUAAACAUCGCAGGUUGACUGAUGCGAAACUAAAAGCUACGAUGUUUUAUAAAGUUAACGAUUUGUAGCAGAUAACAUUUUAUUUACGUGAAACUAGGACUCGGAUAAGAAGGUCUGAUAAAAUUCUAAAAAAUCCUGCAAAGUGAAAGAUAUCCUGUAAAUGCAAGGUCACAGUAGUUCAUUAAUUUCUUUAACAAAUGAUUGUUGUUCAGUAAUUGGAAUAAGACAAGGUUUUAUUAUAGUAAAAAUAAAGUAAACAUGUUUUUGAAAGAAUACCAUUCGUAUGGGCAUGUCAAAUAAACGGUUAAAUUGUGCUACCUUUGUGGUUACUACAAAUAAAACUAUGUUUAGCAAACUAUUGUUAAACAUGGUUCAUUUUUAUAGGGGGAGGAUAAAUAAUAAAUGUCAGGCAUAGUUCAAAUGGUGCAAAAGAGUUUUUAAGUACCACCUUCCCAGAUAGCAAUGAGUCGGCGGACCACCGGCUCAUUGAGCAUUGUUGAACUGAACUGUCACAAAUACUUGUGUAGUAGGUUAGUAGGGUACAACUCCAAAGAUCAUUUUUCCAUCAUGAAAGGCUGGAACAUAAUCCCAUUGACCUUUCACAAUCGGCUUCAUUUCCCUGCUCUUGGAUUUCUACAUGUUCGAGAGGUUUGUUAUCUUUGUCAUUAAAAUGUCCAAAUUAUCCAUGUCUUAAAGAUGAUAUCUAGUUUAAAGUGUGUCUUAACAUUAAAAGAGGCAAAAAGUCAAGAGAAUCAAAAAGUUGGUGCUCUCAUCCGAUGAAUCAAACAAAUACAUUGAAAAGUGAAAACGGUAGAAGAGUUUAUCAUUAAACCGGGACGUGUUUUAAAAAUGAAUGAUUGACCUACAACGUGUGCACUUUGAAAUAUCAUAAGUAAACGAAAUCACACUCAUUAAAGAUGUCAUCGAGGCGGACUGGGAAGCAAAUUCGGCCCUGGAUUUUUCGGCCCUCCACCAAUUUUGUCGAAGGGGGGUAGGUGGUGUGCGAUGUGUUUGAUGGCAUCCGUCCUCCACCACGACUACGUCCGCCAAUCCGCCCCUGGUCGCGGCCAUAGCCUAUCGGUGGGAUGGUCGUUCUGGACUUUGACAGAAUGUAGUACCGGUCAGUCCUCCCCUGGAUGUCAUCAGACAACAUUCAGAAAUGCUGUUUGCUAGUAGGCAAGACUAAGAUUUUUCUCAUAGUCCUUAACAAAGAAAUUAGGCACGUUAUUACAGGUAUUUUGUGCUUUUUCCUUUAUUUUCAUUUCUUGUGAUCAUGCUGCCUUUUUAAAUGACUAAAUUCACUUGAGAAUGACUGCAAACGUGUCAUUCUAAACAAAGCAAAUACAGUCACAUUGCAAGCAGUAGAAUAAGCUCUUUAAGGUGUAACGCCUCCACUACAGCGAAUAUGAUGAGGGCUCCACCCUGAUGACAUCGGCCCCACCCCACGAAAGCAGCUGGUGACAGGUUGGUGGGUGCUCGAGAGAGCAUACAGGUAAAAUGUGGCUGGACAGGUUUGAUGGGAAACUAGGCUUACGUAGCCAGAAUAGAUAAUGAACGACUGAAAGCUCUCUCUCUCUUUCUCUCAAUCAGGAGGAGUCUAUAUGGAACGCUGUCACUCAAGACUUAUCUGCCUGCUGGAUUGCUGUUUUUCUACUGACCUAUGCACAUUGGAAUACUGAGGCUCGUUUUCCCCCGAUACUCUCUCUCUCUCCUCCCUCUUAUCCGGGGGAAGGAUUUCUGGCAGUGCUGUUGAGGGGAACUUUUUCCAUUCUUCCUCUCUUUGACACUGUGUAGCCUGGAGCGGAGGGAGUGGACAUUGAUAGUGUGUGUGUGAAUGUGUGGCGUGGACAGAAAGGGACAUUGAAGAAGGAGGCAUGCUGCGAAAUGGCAUGGCCGGUUCCACUGGGACCAGGACCACCACUGAGAUAUCGGACCUCAAUGAGAGAGGAAUUAGGCGUCUGAGACUCACUCUGCGACCCGAUGAUACUCCUAAGACUCAGAAUGAAACGGCCAACUCUAAAGAAAAAGUGGUCAAUGGAACCUGGAAAAGGAAAAAUGGACUCAUGCAGAGAGAGAGACCACCUGGUAGAGAAUCAUCUGAACAGGAAGACAAGCGCCCUGUAUCCAAUGGCAUCAUUAAGGAACCGCCUGCUCAGCACGGGCCCAGAGUCUAUGACGGAGUGCAGAGCACAGCCUCCAACCUCCAACAGGAUGUGAUGGCACGCGAGGGGUCUGUCAGUCACCUGAGGGAUGAAAUGAAGUACAUCAGAGAGGUACGUGACUCUUUGGAAAAAGUCAGAGAGCGGAUGUACGGUCAGUUCGGAGGGAUGCAGCAGUCAGUGCAAAAAUUAUCUCAGGAAUUAAGGGUGGCCAACUCUCAUAAACAGCAUUUAGAGUCAGAAGUGAGGACAAGGAGGGUAGCUAUGGACAGCUUUGACCAGAUGAACAGCACGCUCAUAUCAGCAAACAUUGAUCUGCAGGUACAAGAUGACAAAGGCACGACAAAGAAAUCAUUGCUGGAAAGCUGUCAAAACCGAGUGGGGAACAGGGAUGAGAAGAGAUCUCUGCGCGGUUCCUUAGAAAAGACUGAGGAGAAACUAAGGGAGACAGAGAGACAACUACAAGAAGCUCAGGCUGAAAACCUCUCUCUGAAACAUCAGGUAGAGACGUCUCAGGAGGCCAAAACUCAAGCAUUAAAGGAGUUGAGUGCAAAGCUACAGAAGGAAUAUGAAGAACAACUGCAGGAACAGCAGAAGAAAUACAUAGAAGAAAUAGAGGCUCUGCAGGCGCAGCUGGACGACUACAUGAGGAGGCUUGAAGAGGCAGAGAGGAAUGCAAAAAUAGCCGAGGCCAAGAUCGCCGAAAGGGACCAAAGGAUAGCAGAGGUGGAACGGUUACUUAACUGUAUGGCUCAGGAGAAGGGUGACCUGAUAACAAAGCUUUGUGACUGUGAACAACGCUUACGUGGUUUGGACCAAAUUGACCAUGCAGACAUUGCUGUGACUAAACAAUCUGAGCAGCUAAAGGAAGAAGCAACAGAACUGAGAGAGAGAAUAAAGCACCUCAACGAUAUGGUGUUUUCUCAGCAGAGGAAGGUCAAGUCCAUGAUAGAAGAGGUUGAAUCACUGAGAGAUAAAGUUGCACAGAAGGACAUGGUCAUCGCUGAGCUGAUGGACAGGAUUGCCAUUGUGGAGUGUGAGAAUAAUGAGUUAGAAGACAAGCUGAAGUAUUUUAUGUCUGUACAGCGAAAUUCUGAAACUAAAGUAGCCUCCAGGGAAAUUGGAGUUGGCUGUGACCUGCCCAUUAGAUCUGAGGAGCAGCCGUAUGUAGCGCCUGUCCUACCCAGUUCUUUCUCAACAGUCCCACGAGUUAGCAGACUGGAGGGUAGUCUUCUUAAAUAUUCUCCUGGUCAGUACACCACAAUGCUGCGGUCCAAAAACGUAUAUACACAGGACACCGUGACAAGCACCACACAAACCGCAUCAUCUUCAAGUUACAUUCAGACCAGUCAUGAGAAUGAGGAGUCUGAGUCCACACUAUCUCAAACCUCAGAGCUGACCACUACCAGUCCCAGAGCAAGAACCAGCCCGUCACAGAUCUACACUCCGUUUAUGAGGCUAAUGGAGACAACUCCUCAAUUUAACUUUGAUUAAAUGAAAUACUGCUUAAACUGAAGCCGACAUUCUGGAACACAAAGUAUUCUUGUUUUGUUACUGCUUGUGUAUGCCGUAAUUGCCCACUGAUCUGUGAAUAACUUAUUUUACAAGUGUAUGUUGAUCCGAUCUAUUUGCUUUAUUUACUAAAAAGCUAGCAAUUGUUUUAUGUGAAGCAAUAACUCAUAGUUUACUAUUGUGUAUUUAUAUUUCCUUUUUCUGAGCACAUUUUGAUUAGGUUAUUUUCUUAACUGUAUUAUCCAAAUAUUAUUUUGUUAUAAAAGUGAACUUGAUAGGAUUUAUAUAUAGAGGGUUUUUUCAGUAACAGUGUGAUGAUAUUUUAUCAACUGUGAUACAUCAGGACUUGUACACUUCCAUGUUUAUUAAUGUGUAUAAAUGGAUAUCUUUAUUUGUAUAAGGAGAUUUGUUCAAAUAACUGGACUUGAACUCCCUGUUGCACUUAUGCCCUGAAUGCACCAACUACAGUUUAUUCAACUCUGUAGAUUUUUUACAGGUCUAUUAAACUUUAAAAGAACGAGCAAUGUAAAAUAAAUUGUAUUGUUUUGUUCUAGAGAACCUUCAGAGGUAAAUAACAUGAAGGCUUACAGACUUGUUAUAUAAAUUAUUAUAAAGCACUUUAUAAAGUGAAUCAGUGCCUGUCUUACAAAACACUGAAACAUAUUUGGUAUUUUCACAUGUUUCUUCUCUCUGAGUGUUAUAUUUACAGUACAUAUCACUGGGUAUAUUGUUCAAUAAAUUAAAUAUUACCAAACCUUCAA